AUUGUUUUCUGUGUGUAGCGCGUGCCGUUCCAAAAGCUGCUACACUCUGUGUGUGCUGCAUGCGGGAUGUAGCUCUGUACAUGUACAUGUGUGGUUAAGGUUUAAUGUGAAGCGAACUCUCUAUGCAGGCGUUGUUCGCGUGUAGUGUGAAAUAUGACUUCCCCGACAGAGAAUCGACUGAAACAACUGGAAAGCAUCGAAAAUGACAUCGCUAAUGUAGUACUAAAUGCAGGACGAGCUGUCAGUGAGCUUAGUGAAGAGAAGCCCAACGAACACCUGACAGAGCACUACACCAGACAGUUCCUGAAGACACUGGAGAAAGUGGAAAAAUCCCUCACGGAGCAGAUCAACUACUUGUCUCAAGUUGCCACUGGUCAACCUCACGAGGGGUCAAGCUACUCUGCCCAGAAGGAUGCGCAGAUGGCCAUUCAUCGUCAGGACCACAUUAAGAGUGAACUGAAUGAACUCAAGACAAUCUGUGAAAGCUGAGUAUCGUGAAACACCGCAGAUUG